ACUUGUGAGACUAGAAAUUCGAACAGUGAUGUUUGUAGUGGCUCACCUGCUUCUGACGUCAUAUCGAACUCCGAAAUUUGAAAAUCAAUAAUUGUCUGUCGUACUAGUCGGUGCACAUGACAGUUCACGAAGGGAAGGAAAUGGCUGUCAUGCCAAAACAUAGUGUUAAUUGCGCACCGUCUGUGAUCCAUUAAGUUAAUAAGAAAUAAUUUUUGUCUAAAAGUAUGUCGCGAAGCACAAAGUGGAAACUCGCGAUCGUUGCCGGAAUUUCCGAGUGUUUAGUUUACGCAGAAGCAAAACAUUGUGCCUUUGAAAUAAAUAGAGAACCAAAGUACUAUGUGUGUCCAAGAACCGAAUACUGUUGCAACUUUGGCUGUUGCGUAUCACCAGGGUUUCAAAUUUAUCAUCUGUGGUAUUAUUGGUUGUUGGUAAUAAUUAUGUUUUUGGUGUGCUCUGGUGGUGGCUGGUGGUAUCGAUAUUGGUUGCAAGGGAGGUACAGAGCAGCAGCAUCUGCCAUUCCCACCAGAUCUUCCAGUUCAAGAACCCAAAAUCCUCUUCGAGGUCCAACAUGUCAAGCACAGCAAGCUCGGAUUACGUACAAUACAGCAAGGAAUACCGUCCUUUUACACCGAAUGUGGAAAGCACAAAGAAGCGCAAGCUCGCCAGCUUACAGCGCAGCCGGCGCAGCGAGUUCGGCCGCCCACUACCAGAACACAAGCGUCGUGCUGAACGACGCGAACUGCCCGUACUAUCAAUUAUACGGUCCACCACCGAGCUACGAGACUGUGAUCGCACAGACGCGGGGCAAGAUCUCGUCGCCCUCGUCGCCGGAGCUUCAGCCCCGCUCGUCCCCGGCAGCCCAGCCAGCAGCGAUGAGGGGCUGCUUCUACCCUACUGUGCCCAGUCUCUUGCCCCCGCCGCCACCCCCGCCACCGCUGGAGGCGCCCCAGUACCAGGCCAGUCCACCCAAGGACUUUGACACCGCCGAGUACGUCAGGCUCUACUCUCGACUUCAACAGCAGUACUCGCCUCGGCAUCAGCUCUAUCAGCCCGCGCCGUACAACGUCGCCGCCGCCGCGGCCGCGUACGACAGGUCCGCUGCAUCGGACAACUCGGACGUCGAGAACUCGGGGGAUAACUACAGCCAGGCCAACAGCCCGGACGACCCCAGCAGAUUUCCCGCGUACAUGUUAAACUGCCCAGCUAAUCGGAAACUCCAUCACUGCUAUGCGCCCACCGCUGUCGCUGCCGCUACUGCUGCCGGAAAGUUCACUUCUCGAGUCGGCGUGCACGGGAUGUCUCGGCGCGACUUCGACUCGCCGAGCUCGUCGCAGUCGGAACUCGGUGUCGAGCCCGUGGCCACGACGUCUCUGGGCUUCGAGGGCUGCGCCACGAUUCAUCGCAGCCGCAAGCUCCAGGGCGGCUCGCUCAAGAUACCCCGCAGACGCGACCAACAGGGCAAGCAGCAGCAGCACGAGACUACGCUCCGGAACAGCCGGAGACUCAGCUCGACCGACUGCGAGGCCUCGUCGAGCCGAGAGCCGGAAGUGACGAGGCGACAGCAGCCCGAGCCCCAAUCCAGUCCAUCCAGCCAUGUGAUAUUAGCGGCUAACGCGACUUCUAAAAGUGGCACCGUGGACGACCAACGGAAUGAUCAUCAUCAUCACCAUCACCAUUCCAAUCAACAACAGCAGCAGCAGCAACAGCCAGCAGCCACGAUCGCUGAACGAAGUAGUACAAAUUCUAAUCUUGAAAGUAAACGCAAACUAGACAGGUCGAGGUCGCUCGACUGAGAGCGAUGACGCGAAGAUGACGAAUGAAAGAGAGAGAGAGAGAGAGAGAGAGAGAGAGAGAGAGAGAGAGAGAGAGAGAGCAAGAGAGAGAGAGAGAGAGAGGGAGAGAGAGAGAGAGCUAUGUCGAGAAUACUUUAUAAUAGAUAGUGUGGACUGUUGAUGCCCUGAUGGUUGCUAGAGAGAAGAAGUCGCGUGGUGUACAGUAUGAUAACAAAGCUUGCAAACUUAUAAGCCGUAUGUGGACAUGCGCAUCUUUGAAUGCUUCCUCAGUUUUCCUCUUCCUGGUUGGUUAUCGAUUCUCUUUUAUUUAAGGAAUCCGCUCUUUGGCAUUGCUGCAGAGGGUUGACACACAAUUUUCUUAAUAUUUUUCGCUGUUGAAUACGUUUUUUUUAUAAAGCGUUGUACAGAUAAGCUGACCACCAGUAAUAAUUUUUUAACAAACCUUUCAACUGACCGCACGAAUCGCAUUUAAAUAUAUAAAUGUACAUUGUCGAUUCGAACGAUUGCGUUCCUUUCUUAAAUUACUUUUAAGUAUAUCCAAUACCAAUGGGUAACAUAGAAUGUAAGGUGUGAUAAGUUUUUCCUUGAUUUCGCUUUUAAAGAGUAUGCAGGUAUUAUGCUACGGUAAACAACAUAUUUUUCUACAAGUAAUAAAGAGCAAGCGUCAUUCGAUGCGGCAGUGAAAGAUGCUCAUGUCUGUGCUUCAUCCCUCGACUGCGUGUAAUAUAAAUGAGAAGAAGAGAUUUUAUUAUAGCGCGUGAUUGACGUAACUAAAAAUCGAUGUGCGCGAUAUCUAUGGUGGAAAAUUCGACAAAGAGAUUCUAAUCUUGUAUUUUACGAGUGUGAGAAACAAAAAAUGUUGUUUGACCUUGCCUAUUUACUGUUCUCGCCAUCUUGAUUGAACGUCACUUAUAUACUAUCCAAGUAACAAUUGCCUGACUUGACGAUCGUGCUAGACUUUCUAAAUUACUCUUAAAAAGGCUAAUAUUGAGUGGAGUACAAUAACUUGUAUAUCGAUUCACUCACCGAAUAAACGCAAUACAUUUCAACUGCUAUUUGAUUUUCAACUGUAUAACCCAUAAUAGUUCCAAAAUAACUUUAAUUUUGGAACAAUUGCGACAUUGAGAUAUACGUAACCGCAGCUUUUACACAAGCGGUGUGUAUUACACUGUACGAAUUAAUAAACAAUAUCCUUUUUCAAAGUAAUUUGACGGUCCAACAUGUUGAUUAUCAAAUAACUAAAUAUUUGAUAUUCUAAUAAACUCAAACAUUCUAAAAUUUUAAAAACUUAGGGCUACGUAUAGUUGUAAUCUAAGUUUAUAUAUUUUUGCGCGAAAACGAUGUCAGAGUUCACUGUCUGUCGUUCUAGUAGUCAGUUUCUUAGAAACUCAUCGUUAUUUUCGUUUAUAGGCGUAUCGAUAAUGAUAUUUAUUAUUAUAUAUACUGUAAGUAUACUAUAAACACGUAAAACAUUAUGUAUGGUGAUAGAAAAAUAUAAAUUGGUGAUCGGAAAAUACAAUAUUAAGUUCACAAACAAAAAUGAAUCAAUUUAUCGCACAGACGAUGAAAAAAUCGUGAAUGCACUUCGCACAACUAACACUUAAAUAUUUACUCUUUUUAGUGGAUCAUAUCGAAUUAGUAUAUUUGGAACGAAUAGGGUGCCGAUUUUUCGAACAAGAAGCAAUUUUUAAUCACUUUUUUCUCGAACAUUGUUAUCAAAUAACAAUUACGAAAUACUGAUGUUGAUUAAAUUAUCGACGUUGAUCUUUGAUUUAUCAGAAAAAUAACAUAUCCGACCUUUGUACUGUGUAUUGAACCUCUCUAUGAAACCAUUUUACCCGUCUUGUACUUUACCUCUUUGCGAAUCAUUAUCUUUUGUAUUCACCACAAAAGAGACGGUUCUGUAGAUCUCAUAUCUUUACUGUGAAUCAGUUAAAGUAUGGUAUAACAUUCUCAGAAAGAAAUGAAAUUCGCUCACUAAUAUAGUUUAAAUAAUAGUUCAUUAGAAUCAAAAAGACUUGAAAAAAUGUUCUAAAUGUCGAAGCGGCAGUCACAAUAGCACUGUCCCCGUUGUUUUUGUCCUCUUUUUUAUUGUUCAGGUGUUCCAAACACUUUGUGAACCUAGUCGCUUAUAAGCGCGCCACAGCACGUUUCUUUGUCAAUAUUAAGUGGACUUACGCACAAUUGUCUCUCAUAUAUUAUACACGCACACGAAUAUAAUUCAGACACCAGGAUAGAUAACUGCUUUGAUUUAACUCCUCAUAUAUACAUAUAUAAAUAUAUAAUAUAUAUAAAUAUAGGGAUAUACGAAUGAAUAAAUCUCUAUUUUUAACGUGUAACGUACUUAAUGUAAAACUAAUGUAAUAAUCGCCAAGCGAGCGCGCCGAUUACUUCGUUAUUUUCUCUAUAUUGCAAAGCUCGUCCGCUCUUUCCAGUGCGUAGCAUUUUUUCUAACAAAUACAUAUAUAUAUAUAUAUAUAUAUAUAUAUAUAUAUAUAUAUAUAUAUAUAAUACAAAUUAAGGCUCGUCGAGCGCUUCCUGUAAGGAUGAACCGACGAAUAGGUCACACUCGGUGUAUAGAAAUAUUCGAAUAAACAAAUGUAGAAUCGCGCUUGAAUGUCAAAGGGGAAACCCGCUGUGGAGGAUGUAGCACAAGAGAAGCGUAACUAUUACAAGUGAAAGAGUGCGCUUAUCUUCGUAUAAGUAUGUGUGUGUAGUUUGAAGAGUUUUGAAAGUAGGAUACUUUGAAGUAAAAACAAAAAGAAAGAACGUGUAUUAACGAUAGAGUUGAUCUCAGAUUUUUUUUCAGCCAAACGGAUGCCAACGUACACAUACCUUUGCGUUCCAACUGAGUGUGUAAGAAACCUCGAAACAACUCACGCGAGGGAGUUAGCUACUAUUUUUUGUAAUUUAAAAAAUAAGUAUCCAUUUUGUACUUGUCAUUAUAUUGCUCCGUGCUCGAUGUAUUCCAAGACGAAGUCUAUGUAUAGUGAGGUGCUCGCGGACAAAACAGAAAACCACGAGAUUUUUUAUAAAAUACGAGAAAAAACCAAGAAUAUUUCAUAAAAAGCACAAUUGUUUGAGACAAACAACGUUACAAAAUGUCUAUGAUUAAUGUGUAUACUUUGCGCGGGAGAACCAUGAGCGUGUGCGCAGCCGUUUGACAUCUAUAUACAAUAUUAUAACGAGAACAGAACGUUUAAUUGUUUACGUUACGUCUAUUGUCUCAUCUUUGUAAAUGUGAGAUUUUAUCAAUCUUCCCACAAUCAUAUCAGACGAAGCGAUUCGCGAUCGCACGUGUGUAGAGAAAGAGAUUCGCAUCGCUUUCGAAUUAUAUAAUAAUAAUGUUGUGAAAACUGUCGGUAAAGGAGAAAGAAUAAGGUUCAAAUAAGCGCAGAGAAGCCGAGUGCAGAGUCAAAAGCGAAAUAUUGUCGUUUAGCUUUUUAGUCUAAAAAAUAGUACUGGAGACUCGAUAUUUCGUUCCUUCUCUCAACUCGAAAUAGCGGUCCAAAAAGUGUAUGUGCCAAUAGCUGAAAACAAAGUAAUAGGGAAUGGAGACGAUUCACGCUCGGAUAUACAUGUUAAUGGCGUAUACAAUAUAUUUGAAAGUGACACAUAUACGAAUCCACGGGAUUCGUCUAUGAAACGCGGGUGGAUUCAACGGGAAAAUAUAUGAUGCCAGUAGAUAAGGUGCGCAUGGACUACGUACACAAUUAUUUUUUGUAUAAUCUUCGAAUUCCUCGUCGCAACUCGUGUUUAAAACUGUGUAUAUUAUUACAUAUACGAGAAAUCGUGAAACACCAUGCCGCAGCUGCAUAAUAAUAAUAAUAAUGCCAUAUAAAUUACGUAUUUAGGUAUAUUCUAAACUAAAUGGAAGCCAUCGAAGGGACGUGCGUGUGCGAAUCGUAUUCUUCGGGAAGUCACGUCGAUGUUCGUUAAUCUUGAUUCUUGAUUAUUUUAUGGUAGCAACGAUACCGCAUAUAUGUGCAGAGGGAAAGAAAAAAACAACUUUUUAAAUGUCUUCAAACGGGAAAAGUACCUAUAGAGCAUCAUCAGGACGACACCGACGUGAAUUCUCGCUUGCGUAUGGCUCCAAUACAACACGAUCGAGUACGAUUCGGCGAGGAUAACUGCAAAUAUGGUGCGAAAUAAAAAAAGCCCUCUGACGACAUCCUGUAAUAAUGUGCAAUCAUACUUGAAUUGAUGACAAGACAAGGACACUGUAAAAUAUUGUAACUAAUAUGAAUAAUGUCUUGCUAAAAAUAAAGACAUGAAAAAUAUUUAUUCACGUACAAA